AAUAUUGUUUGCAACCUAUAGUUUACAAUUGCAACCACAUUUUAUAAGGUAAUCAUUCAGGAAGCGACAUCGACGCUGCUUUAUCGCAUACUAUUUGAACGGUGACUAGGUUAUUUUAAACAUGAGUUUCAAUAAUUUAGGGUACACUACGACCUACAAUUCACGCACCAUGAUACCGGUGUUUACCCUGUCACAGGGAGCCAUGCAAUUCUUUAUUCCAUAUGAUGAGCCAGGUAGAGAUGAUUUAGUGAAAUUGAUUUCAGACCAUGGUGGUAGCGUAUCCGAUACUCAAACUUCUGACCGAGGUGGAGUUAUUGUUCUUUCAUCCAGAUAUAAACAUGGGGCGGACAUUUAUAAACCGGGGUAUGUUUGGGAAUCAGUAAAACAAGGAAUGACUUUAGAACUUGCACGUUUUAAACUCAAGAAUCCUCUUGACCUGAUUGACUAUAGUGAAAUGUUACAGCAACAACAACAACAACUUCAACUGCAACAUCAAUUUCAACAACAACAACAACAACAACAACAACAACAACAACAACAACAACAACAACAACAACAACAACAACAACAACAACAACAACAACAAUUACACCCACUCCCACAUCAAAUACAACAACAGCAGUUACUUCAACAACAGCAACAACAGCAACAACAACAACAGCAGCAACAUCAACAACAACUCCAUCAACAACAAUUACAUCAACUUCAACCAUAUCAUGACUUGCCUACUACUGUGGCGAAAGCCUCAGAACUUAAAAGGGGUACAAAUGCCAAGCAUUCAUUUACUGCUGAAGAAGAUGAUUAUAUUUUGGAACAAGUCAGGCUUGAUCCAAGAAGAAGAACUAGUCAUAAGCUUUUUGAUGAAAUUGCACUUACUCUUUCUGCUCAUACGGGUAAUUCUAUUAGAUAUAGAUACCGUAAUCAAUUAGAAAGUAAACUUGGGUACGUAUACCGUACUGAUCCACAUGGUAGAUUAGUCAAGGACACUGCUGGACAUUAUGUUAAAGAAUCGAUCGAUAAUUUACCAAAGACAAUGAAAAAUAGGUUUACUGCAAAUGAUGAUUAUGCAUUGUGUGUGAAAAUCAUAGAUUAUAAUCAUCAAGAGUAUCGGAAACUUGUGGAGGAUGGACUUGUUGAUCCUGAAGUUGAGCCACUUAAUUUGGAAGGUACUCUUACAGUUCCUGUUUCAUUUUUCAGAGAUAUGGAAAGGCAGUAUCCAAAUCAUACAAGAGCUGCAUGGAGAGACAGAUACAGAAAAUUUGCCAGUAAAUAUGGGAUUAAGAAAUAUGCUGAUUAUUUUGUUAGUUCAAAGGAUCCACAACCAAUGAAGGACUUUACCAAAAGAGAUAAUAUUAAACAAAUUAAAUCGGAAGCCGACCAAGUGAGGUCAAUUCUUGAUGAGUAUUCAACCCCAGAUGGACAAGUACAACAAAGACAAUCACUUGCGCAAUUACCACAACAAGCGGGUAAUGGAAAAGAAACUACUACUGAUGGACAUGCCUUGGAUGAAGAAAUUGGAGAACUUAAGAGCUCUAAUAUUGAUGAUGCAUUAAUUCUGAAUAAUAGUACUAGUCAAACCACUCAGACUAACGUAGAAGGAUCACUUGAUGAAGAUGGAGAAUUAUUUGUUGAUGCUGAAGAGGGAAGUUCACAAGAUUUUAAACCUUCAAAUAAGAAAAAGCCAAGUCAAUCUUCUCAACUCAUUCAACAACUUUCUCAACCAACCCAAUCUUUAGAAGGUUCACAAGAAGAAAUUGGGUUUUCAUACCCUCAACCAGGGUUAACUAUUGAUGAUAUUGUUAGUUCGCGUUAUUUUAGAGUAAAAUCCAAAGAAGCUGCUCUUAAAUUAAUCAAGGAAAUUAUUGAAAUUGGUGAUGAAAAUCCAACCAGUUUAUUCGCAAGACUUCAAGAUGAAUUAGGAUUUACUGAAUUAUUUUGUACUGUUAUUAUAUUGUAUAAUAAUGGUGAUUAUUCCAAGAUUUGGCUUUAUCUUAAGGAAGUUUUCAGAAAGUUGCAUGAUCAAAACCUUGAAUUAAGUCAAUCUGAAACUUAUAAACUUUUAGAAAUUGAAGGUAUAAAUGGUGUUUGGAAUAAAAAAUAUGAUGAUUUAUUAAGAAGUGGAACUGAAGAAGACUUGGAAAUUUUAAGAAAAGUUCAUGAUGAUAAACAGAUUGAAAUUAGAAAGAGUUUCCUUGCCGCUGCAAGAGAGUAAAAU